AUGGUUGCCCUUACUGAUAUUGUCGAUUUAUCGUCCCCCUCACUUUUGGUGGCUGCCGCUUCGAUUGCCUUUAACCCAAUCUUCUGGAAUAUCGUUGCCCGUGCAGAAUACAACAACCAUAUCCUAACUCGCAUCUUCGGAGGAGCUUACCGCGGAUGUUACGCCCUCGCCUUCGCUAUCUUCUCCCUGGGUAUCUUGCGUGAUCAUGUAUACCAGGUUGCUCUGAAUGAGCAGCCUUUCUAUGCUCCUGUCCACCAGCCCAUCAUCGGUGGCAUCCUGUUUGCGGCGGGCUCCGUGUUGGUUUUGUCUAGCAUGUGGGCUCUUGGUGUCACUGGAACCUACCUUGGUGACUACUUUGGCAUUCUGAUGGAUGCUCCCGUCACUGGAUUCCCCUUCAACGUGACCGGCUCGCCGAUGUACUGGGGAAGCACCAUGAACUUCCUGGGUGUCGCUCUCUACAAGGGUCGGGUCGCCGGUCUCCUGUUGACUGCCCAAGUCUUUGUGCUAUACUGGUUUGCUCUGCGGUGGGAGGACCCAUUUACUGCUGAGAUCUAUGCCAAGCGUGAGCGCGAGCGUGCCAAGAAGCUUGGAGGCAAGAAGCAGUAA